CACAACACAGAGGUGUGUGCAGCGGGGCCUGAUCAGCCGGGUACAGUACAGUGGGUUUCUGUCGGGCGCGUUUCGCAGGGUGUGCAUGCAUGUUUUCCGUGGCGGCGGCGGGAGAUCGGGGCUCUUUCGGGAUGGAGGAGGAACUGAAGUGCCCCGUGUGCCGAUGCUUCUUCAACGUCCCCAUCAUCCUGCCUUGCCAGCACAGCAUCUGCCUGUCGUGCGCGGCGAGCCAGGUGACCCAGACCUACGGGCUCAAGCCCACGGAGGAGGACGCGCUGAGCUACCGCCACUCCACCAUCUCCUCCCCCGGUUCGGACUACUCCUCCGCCUACGACUACACCGACCUGGACAAGUUCGAUAAGCUGAGCCUGUACAGCGAGGCGGAUUCCGGCUACGGGGCGAGUUUGAGCGGCUACGCGGCGACUUGCCCGAGCUCGCCCGCCUUCUCCACUGUCAGCGCUAGCUCGUCCAUCUCCACCACCACCUCGUGCAUACGCUGCCCGCAGUGCCGCCGCACCACCUACCUGGACGACCUCGGCGUCCAGGGCUUCCCGCGGAACAAAGCGCUGCAGACGAUCGUCGAGAAGUACGAGGAGACCAAGAAUAUCGUCAUCAAGUGCCAGCUCUGCGUCGGCCAAGCGCCCAACGAUGCCACCGUCAUGUGCGAGCAGUGCUCCGUCUACUACUGCGACAAGUGCCGAGAGAACUGUCACCCCCUCCGAGGUCCCCUGGCCAAGCACACCCUCGUGUCCCCAGCCCUGGGGAAGGCCGCCAUGAAGGCCCGCAACCAGACGUCCCAGGGUGUGUCCACUUGCAUCCGCCAUACCGACGAAAACAUCUCCAUGUUUUGCAUCAUGUGCAAGAUCCCGGUCUGUUACCAGUGCUUGGAGGAUGGCAAGCACCAAAACCACGAUGUCAAAGCACUGGGGGCGAUGUGCAAGAUGCAUAAGGCGGAGCUGUCCCACAACAUCAGCAGCCUGUCAGACAAGGCCAGAGAGGGCAAGAACUUCCUGAGUAACCUGAGAGAGAUGCUGGACCAGGUCCAGGAGAACAGUGUGGACUUUGAGGCCAGUCUGGUGGCCCAGUGUGACGCCAUCAUUGAGGCCAUUAACAGGAGGAAGGAGGACCUGAUGGAGCAGAUCCAGCGGGAGAAGGAACACAAGCUGCGCAUGAUGAGGGAACAGAUCAAUGACCUGACCAACAAGCUGAGACAGACAACCGGGUUGCUGGAGUACGCACUGGAGAUCAUGAAGGAGGAGGAUGCUGCAGCCUUCCUUCAGGUUGCGAAUGGUCUGAUAAAGAGAGUGUGCAGUGCUGAGAUGCAGUGGCAGAAGGAAGUUCUCCUGGAGCCCCACGAGCCUCCGGAGUUCGAACUGCAGCUGAACAGCCAGCCGCUCUUCAAGGCCAUCGAACAGCUCAGCUUUGUACACACUAAAGGCUCUGCACGUGUUGUCACAGUCCCCGGCCCUCCCAUCUUCCUGCAUGAGGAAUGCACCGUGCAGAACAACAGCAUCACGGUGUCAUGGCAGCCGUCCCCGCGCAGCUGGGUCGACGGCUACGUUCUGGAGCUGGACGACGGGAACCAGGGGCCGUUCAGAGAGGUGUAUGUAGGCAGGGAGACCCUGUGCACCCUGGAUGGUCUACACUUUGACUGCACAUACAGAGUCCGUGUCAAAGCCUUCAACAAAGCUGGGGAGGGACCUUACAGUGACUCAGUUCAGCUUCACACAGCUGAAGUGGCAUGGUUUGCGCUGGAUCCCAGCACAGCACAUCCCGACAUUGUGCUCAGUAACGACAACAUGACUGUAACUUGUAACAGCUAUGAUGACCGUGUGGUCCUGGGCAAUGUCGGCUUCUCAAAAGGCAUCCACUACUGGGAAUGCACUAUAGACCGCUACGACAACCACCCUGACCCAGCUUUCGGUGUAGCCAGGAUUGACACAUUAAAAGAUACCAUGCUGGGGAAGGACGACAAGGCCUGGGCCAUGUACAUAGACAGCAACCGCAGUUGGUUCAUGCACAACAAUGCCCACUCCAACAGGACUGAAGGCGGCCUAGACAAGGGGUCGGUCAUCGGGGUGCUGCUCAACCUGGAGGAGCACACGCUCAGCUUCUACGUCAACGACUGCAUGCAAGGCCCCAUCGCUUUCCGAGACCUCCACGGCGUCUUCUUCCCCGCCAUCAGUCUGAACAGAAACGUACAAAUGACGGUCCACACCGGACUGGAACUCCCGGACCACGACUCCAUAGACGGGGAAUAAAACCAGUGCCGAUGGAAGCAUUGGUUGUUUAUGUCGCCGACCUGAACUUCUCUGAUCUACACAUUUAACACUUUUUAACAACAGUGGCAUCACUACUGUCUGCACUUCUGGUAACUCAGGUUGAUCUCGUGUUCCAAGAAAACAACCAGCUUUAUCUUUUGACUAAACAAGAUUUCUGUGUGCUUGUAAUGAGAUAUUUUAGUGACACUACAGAACACCAGAAUGAUGGUCUAUUUAUUUGUUUUAUCCAGUCUGUUCUAAGAUAUUGUUCACAAAAUGUCAAGAACCUGAAGUGUUUGAUAGGACCUGUGGUUUAUUUUCUCAGUGAUAAUGUGGUUCCGUGUUAAACUGUAUCAUGUUGCAAGUUUGUCAGUACCAAGACACAUUCUACUUGUUAAUCAAGAUUUAACUUUUAAUCUAUAUUAUAUAGGUGUUAUUUUGGUGGUUCAGUUAUACAUGUAUUUAGUCUCGGAGAAAGAUGGGUUUUGUCAGGUACAUUACCAAGAAUGUCGAUUUUUUUUUAAAAUAAAAGACCAGUUUCUUUUCAAAAGCCUUAAGUUUGACCACUGAUGAACACCAAUGUUGUGACUACCUGAAAGAAAGAGGCACUUCUACAUUGUAUGUGUUACAAUGACAUACGAUGGUGGGGCUGUUUGAAGCUUGUUCAGGAUACAUCACAACAUCUGAUACACAAACUUCUCACCAAGUACUAAGUAUGUUUGUGCAAUUUGACCUAUCCUUUAAGAAUAGAAUAUUUAUUGGCUUUUCCAAGACCACAACAAUAUCUCAUGCAGUGUGACUUACUACUGAAGUGAGUACUGUACUUCUCAGGCAACCAGGACACUGUCGGAUUCUAUCAAUUCAACCCAGUUCGAACUUUCUGACCCAUGAUAGCACUUUCACCCGAGACAGAAUAUCCAUUGGCAUUGGCCAAGUCAUACUUCUCACACCAGCAAUCACAUUGCAUGUAUUUGUUAUUCCAUAGGUUAUGUUCAUGGUGCUGAUUUGCCAUCAGCAAGAAAUUGUGGGAUUUCGUGCGUAACAUCCCCAUCAGGUGGAGGUGUCAUUUCAGGGUAAAGAGGAGACCGAAAAAUCAAUGAAAGAAGGAUUAAUAGAAAAAAAAGGCCACACCAUAAAAUUGCAUAGCCCUUAUGGACAUGGUGCCAAAUCUACCAGCAAUUUUCUCUUGCUGUAACGUUACCUCCUCUGCAUACGUGUUUGCAGCCCUGCAAAAAAAAAUGUCACGUUCACAGAAGUGUCCUUGCCUGUGGGGAACAUCUGUUAUCGGAAAUAAACUGUUCAAGGGUGCUAAUAUUAGAACCUGUCAUUUGAAUGUGCCAUUGGCAUUACACGUACGCACCUGUUGUUCAAUACCUGCCACACUAAAUAAAAGUAUACGCAGUGCAGCUAUGUACACAGUAUGGUGUAGUACACUCGGAAAGACAGUUUUUUUUGGAUGGUCUGGCUUUCGAAUCUGGGAACUAAAAUGUAGAUGC